UCCGCUUCCGGCGCGUGGGUGGUCCGGGACCAAGAUGGUGGCGGCAGCGGUGGCUGUGUCCCGGCUUUCUCGGCUGCUAGGCCGGUCCCGCCCGCAGGUGGGGCGGCCUAUGUCGAGUGGCGCCCACGGCGGGGAAGGCUCAGCUCGCAUGUGGAAGGCCCUCACCUUCUUCGUGGCGCUCCCGGGGGUGGGAGUGAGCAUGCUGAAUGUCUUCCUGAAGUCGCACCACGGGGAGGAGGAGAGACCCGAGUUCAUCGCCUAC